AUGAGUAUGGUGUACGUUAUAUUCGCUGUUAGUAGUAUUGCAUUAUGGCUUGUCCCCUCGCCCAAGCAAAUUGAUCUUCUGGAGCAAGUAAUGACCAUCCAGCCCACGCCUCUUAGUAAACCCCUCUCUUUGUCCUCCUAUGUAUCAUUCACUCCCCACAUCACGCUCGCCAGUAUCCCCGGUUUUUCCAUAACAGAAAUCAGUGCCCUUCAAGGGAGUCUUGACUCUCUGCUCAAGGCGUCCGAGGCCCUUCAUGUGCGCUUCAGAGCUCUCACAGUAGGCGGCCAUUACUUCCGCUCUGUCUACCUAGCCAUACAUCCCACGUCUGAACUCGUCACAUUACAUGAACACAUCUGUAUCGCUCUUCGUAAUGCAAUGCAGUCCAAUGUAAACCAUGACGGUGUUCAGCCAAAAGCGCCUAUGUUUCCCCAUAUGUCGUUGUGCUACAUUGCGGAUGAAGAUGCAGAAGAACGUGAGAGGAUGGCCAUGGCUCUAAGGCACAGCGGGAAGAUUGAGGAAACUGAGGGAAGUGUGAGACUUCGGUGUGAAGGGGGAGAGACGUUAGACGGAUUCAACGGCGAAGAUGUGUGGAUCGUGAGAUGUCAGGGACGCCCUGACGAGUGGGAAGUCUUGCAGAAGAUACAUUUGUCGGUCUAA